AUGGGCCGCGGCGUGCAGAGGGGCGAGCGCGUGGACACGGAGCUGGGCUCGGCGUACUUCACGCACGAGGACGAGACCCCGUUCGACAUCGGCCAGAAGCUUCGCAUCCACGGCAACACGCUCGUGUCGCUCAACAGCUGGUACUUACCCGGCUUGAAGCUCCGCUCGAAGUUGAAGGCUGGGACUCGGCUGUGGCUCGAAGCGCGGUUCGACGACGAGGAGGAGAUCCUCAACGACGACCUCAAGGGCCGGCUCGAGAAGGUGAUCAACGCGCUGCAGAGGCACAGGUUCUACUUCAUCUUCGCGCAGCCCGUGGACCCGGUGGCUUUGAACAUCCCCGACUACUUCGACGUGGUGAAGACCCCGAUGGACCUCGGCACCGUGGCCAACAAGGUGAGGAACGGUGCGUACAAGGGCGACGUGACCGACUUUGAGGACGACGCUCGACUCGUCUUCUCCAACUGCAGGGCGUACAACCCGCCGGGGUCGGACGCGGCGACGAUGGGCGACGCGGUGGAGAAGGAGUUUGACAAGAAGUGGAUCGAGCUCGGGUUCGUGUUCAAGGACGAGACGAGGGAGAUGCCCAAGCCGCCGGGCGCGGGCGGGGACGAAAUGAGGACGAAAUGA